UACAUGGAUGCGUUUCAAUCUGGAGAGGGAGACCUCACCAUCGUCGUCACUCUCCUCAUCAUACUUCUCACUCUCCCCAACUUCUUCAAUUGAUUUGUUUCUUGGUGAGCUUGUCGGAGCCACAGCAAGGGUCCAUGUUCAUGAAGAAAAGACAGACACCCAGCAUACUGAGGAGGAAGAAAAGGAGAAAGAAGAGGAAUAUUACAUUGCCAUGGAAAACCUGCCCCAUGAAACAGAUGAGCUUGUUCGAGCCACAGCAAGGGUUCAAGUUCAUGAAGAACAGACAGACACCCAGAACGCUGAGGAAGAAGAAGAGGAGGAGGAGGAAGAAGAGUAUUACAUGGCCAUGGAAAGCCUGCCCCAUAGAACAGUACCAAAUGAAGUAAAUGUCAAACCGAUCCAGAUGGAAUGUUGUAAGAGAGUUGGGGUUGAAGGUGGCAAGCUUCAGCUAGAUUCCUUCGAAAUUGAACUUGAGAUCCCUCCAGGUGCAAUUGACAGCGAAGCGCCGCAGGACAUUUCUCUUCGUGUCCUGACAAAUACUCCAAAUCUUGGCAACGGCAAAGAAGAGAUGUCAGUCUGCUUUGGUGUACAGUGUUUAGCCCGUGAUGACUUAGUCCUAAAGUUACCGGUGACUUACACAAUACCUCACUGUGCUGUGAUUUCACGAUACUCCGGUGUGGAGGCAGUCUUGUACACGGGAGAGGGAGAAUACUUACCUAAUGCAGAAGUGAAGGAACAAAUUUCAUUAACACAGUCUGGAAUACCCAACUGCAACAUCGAAAGAGAUGUACUUAGAUUGCAGAUGAAUCACUUCUCGUGGGCGUUCAUCAAAUUCAAGUUGAAGAAUUUCUUCUUUGGAGGGAAGCGAAUGCGUUGCCUGCCAUUUACAGAAAAGCCACUACCAGAGGAAAGAACCACUGUCGUCUUACGUGCACAUCUCUAUGAUGACAUCAAAGGGAUCUAUAUGAAGAUAAUGUCCCAGGAGGAAGGCUUAGGUUUCGUUUAUAUUCAUCCUGAAGCAGAGGUUCUUAUCAGUGUGGCAGAAGUGGACGUCAAAAUGGCUUGUUUCAUAAAGCGUGAUCCCAUUGGAGAUACCAUACAUACUGUCAAGUAUGACGAAUUAUGCAGAGGACACCAUAGGACGAGGUCCUUCAACUUGGACCUGAGCAGCCAGCCAGAUGAAAAAAUAGUAGUGACCUUGCAAGUAGGUCAGACAGGACAAUCAGUGGAAGAACUGCUUUGUAUAUUCAAGUUUACAACUCCUCGUAGAUCCACCAGUCUUCCAACUCGUGGCCAAGAACAGUUGCAGGGUGCAUCAAGUUCACAGACACUGCAAGCAUCAUAUCGAAGUACAGCUGAAACUCUGAAGAACAUUACAGGUAGACAGGAAGACUUUGACGAAAAGCUGACCACUGUUGCUCGAAAAGUUGGCAAGCGUGAUGAGAUAGAUAAUCUCGGGAAGGCUCUCGGCUUCGAGCAAGAAGAUAUCCAACGUUAUGUCGACACAAACAUGAAGAAUGCAGAUGUAUCAUACAUGGGUACACUAUCAAUGCUCCGAAAGUGGAGAAAGAAGCAAACUGAGGCCAAAGAGUUUGAAGCCCUGAAGGGUGUUCUAAGAAAGGCUGGUCAAAUUCGUCUUAUUGAUGACCUAUGAGGUACUUCAUCAGAUGCGAAUUCAGUUUUUAUAUUUGCUUCUCUAUCGAGGAAUACAUUGUUCCAAUGAUAUAUAUAU